AUGAAUAGGCCUAUUCGGAACGACGAACUGACUGCAAAUAUCCUGUUGCGGUCAGUGUUUCUCCAUGUUAGCAGUGAAGUUUUCUACCUUCGUUUUCUGAAGGAGCUGAAAAGUGGCCGCUUUGCUUGGUUUGCUUUAACUCAUUCCCCAAAGCAAUUGUCAUAUUCCGUGAUUUCUGUUAUUUCGCGGUUUUUAGAAGAGUAUGCUACGAGCACUUUAAAUAAGAUGAAAGUGGUGGACGCGUAUCUUUUGUAUAUUCUGGUGACGGGCGCAUUGCAGUUUCUGUAUUGCUUGUUGGUUGGUACAUUCCCAUUCAACAGCGUUUUGUCAGGAUUUAUAUCUUGCGUCGGGUCGUUCAUUCUUGCAGUUUGUCUGAGAAUCCAGAUCAACUCAAAGAACAAAGGUGACUUCUUAUCCAUCUCACCACAAAGAGCCUUCGCUGACUUCCUGUUUGCUUACACCAUUCUCCAUCUUGUCAUCAAUUUUGUCGGUUGAGAGAAAGCCCUUUUUAUAACCUCACUGGUAAGGUAACGGUUACUGCUCUGAAGAGUUGAGUAUCACUUCCCUGUUUUUCAUUAGGAUAUAUGUAUUUCUGAUUUCUGACCAUAGGACAUUUUGCAAAGGUACAGACUGUCCAUAGUGUUGCAGACCCAACAUACAGUUGAUUUUAUAAUAACCAAUACUUUGUGCCUGUUUAGUUGUCUUUGCUUAUUCAGCAAUAACCAAAAUGAUUUUGGUUUGGCAUUGUCAUCAGGUAAGAGGUUUGUUUAAUUUUUCAUCUUUACCAUUAAAUAAUAAUAUGUUAAUUUCAUCUUGGUGUUUGUGAAUGUGCUGAUUAAAAUAAACCAAAUUGACAUUAUUUGAUGCUGUUUUGAAUUUUUUUACAGAACAAGCAUAAAUCCUAAUCUAGUCCUAAUCUAGCCACAGAAAUACAGAUAUCUAGCUAUCUCCCAAA